AGAUGGUCGUUCGCGCAGCCGCAGUGUUUGAGGGGGUUGGUGUGUGCGGGAGUUUGAGAAGCGGCGAGGGAGACCGGGUGUGCGGGAUUUGAUAUCGGCGCUGCGCUGUCGGCAACCGGAGGCCAAGCUCCAACCCCAGCAGCAGGUUCAGCGUGUGCGCGGCUACCGCUGAUCUCGCUAUGUUUUCACCGCGGACGCCUGCAAGUGCCAAGAGGCCUCAGGCGAGCUGCCACGGGUCUCCGCUGCCUCGCAGCGGCGGCGGAUUCACGGUGCCCGGACGGCGGAGUGUGCCGGCUGGAGGAGCAGGGGUUUUAUCGCCGGCCUGGCGGGCCAGUCUGUGUAACCGUUCAACGCCAACCAGAGGAGCACAGUAUCAAACAGUUGCUGAGACACUUAACUAUGAAAUAAGAAGUUUUGGAUCUUCCCUUCCUGUUAAGGUUAUGGAGGCCAUAACUCUAGCUGAAGUGCAUGAGCCAUUAAGUGUUAAAAUAAGUGAAACUGGAUGGGCAUGGCUUAUCUGUGGUGAAAAACUAAUUGUCUGGAAGGUUGGCCAGAUGCCUGUUACUAAGUUGUCAAUUUGUAAAGAAUUUCAAUUGCCGCCUUGUGAUCUUCCUUAUGUGGCAGACCUGGUGGCUUUAUCGCAACCAAAUGAAUACAGUUCCUUACAGUGUGUAUCUGUGAUGGCAGUUUCCAGGAGGGGAACGAUAUGUUAUUGGUCCAGUCUGACCCAUGAGGAAUCUUGCACAGAAACAACAGUAGAUUUUGGCAGUGCUGAUUGGAAGUGUCUAACUGGUAUAACGGGAGGUGGAUUUAUUCUUGCUUCCCAACAAAACAAUUUGCUGAGAUUAACACCAGAUAGUUUGGGAAGAGUGAGUUUCCGCCCUGUGCAACAAGGGCAGGGUAUGCUUUCGGGAUUAGGCCGCAGGGUUUCAUCACUCUUCGGCAUUUUGACACCAACUGCCAAUGAUGUGUUAAGCUCUGUGCUGUGGGAUGAUGAGAACAAAUACCUCUAUACCCUGACUAAUUCUAGUCUGAAUAAAUGGGAAGUGGAUGAGACAUCUGAACGGCAUAUUUUCAGUUGGGAACUAAACAGAUCCAUGAAAGAAGACCUGGGAUAUUCCAUUUGGGGAGCUGAUGAAAAUUAUGAAACCAGUAAGUCUGGAAUCAAUACACAGUAUCUGGAUUUGCAACUGAGCAAAGAGGGUCUGGUGGUUUUGAUAGCAGCCUGGAACCAGGGAGACGAUCCAUGCCUAAUCUACUACAUCUUAGCCACUAUCCAGGAUAUUGGAUAUCGAAUAACUGAUGAAAUUAGAAUGGAGGUCACUGAAUAUUAUCCUUUAUACCAGCCCGAUGAGGAGCUUCCAUGCCAGCGGUUUUUAAUACCAGAUUACUCAAGCCAGGCGGCAUACCUUUACACAUACGAUAUGGUCUUUGCCUGCUCUACUGGAACUGGACGAGCUGGCCUGCCUCAGGAAAAACUUCAUUUGAACAUGCCAGGUGACGGUAUCCUGGGUGGGGGAAACCUUGCUGGUUUUCCUGUCCUCUUCUGCAGGAACAGUGGUUUAGUUGCAGCUCGCCCGAAGGAAACUGUAUCAAAGUUACCCGAAAAUAUCGAAGAUUCUCUGGCUUUAUCAACCUCUGGAGUAGUAGCUCAGGGAGAGACUGAUGGCAGGCAACCAUUUGAAAAAUCUGCUCUGGAUCCACAAGAGGAUAAAAUUAAGAUGUUGAAAACUGCCUUUGUGAUGUAUUGCAGAAAGGAUAUUGUUGGUGCCCAGACAAUGUUGGAGGAAAUCUUCCCAGACAAUGUUGAUAUGGGGUCCGACUCCGAACUGGACAGUGCUGUGGCACAAAUCAGUCUCGAUCUAAUCAACGACUACCCAGCAUGUGAUCCCCGCUGGGCUGAAUCGGUACCAAAUGAUGAAAGUAGAUUUAGCAACACCUCCUUGUUACUGCUUCAUCAGCUGGAAGAUAAAAUGAAGGCCCAUUACUGUUUGAUGGAAUUUCUUCGGGAUAUGGAGUUACUAAAUCGGCUUGAGACUAUCAUGGUGCGAGGAUUUCUGAUGGCAACCCGCCUUUUGCUCUGUGAGCAUGCUGAGAAGCUCUCUGCGGCUAUUGUUCUAAAAAACAGCCACACUAAACUUCCUGACAUUGUAAAUGCAGCGAUUAAUUCUGCUUUGAGUAAACACAAAAAGAGUGUUCCACAGAACUUGACUCCAGCAGAUGUUUUCUUCAGAGAGGUCUCCCAGAUCGAUACAGCUUUUGACUGCUUGUUGGAGGAGGAACAAAACAUUUUGGAGGAAAAUACCCCAUUAUCACAAGAGUGGGCACAAACAGCUAUAAACGUUAAUAAUAUCCUAAAGGAUAUGUUGCAUGCAGCUGUCCACCAUCGACACAACAAAUGUUCAUUUUAUAAGUCAGAAGAAGAUGCUGAACAGGAGCCUGAGUACAUUCCUUGGACAGCAUCCAGUGGUCCAUCUGGUGUGAGGAAUGUGAUUGUAAGGCAGACUGAUAUUAUCCUGAAUAAGGUGUACCCACAAGUUGACAGCACCAUACGUAAUACCCUUCUGGAGCAAGUCGUGGCACUGCUUGAUUUCUAUCUGGAUGGCUAUGUCUGUCAACUCAAGUCAGUGGACAGACCUACUCAACAGGAAAGAUACAAUAAACUGGACAUGGAAUACACCCAAAAACGGUCACAUCUUCUAUCACAAUUGCUUUCACUUGGGCAACACCAGCUGACUGCUUCACUGGCAGAGAAAUAUUGUGACUUUGACAUCCUGAUUCAACUGUGUGAACAAACUGAUAACCAGGCCAGGCUACAGCGCUACCUGAACCAGUUUGCAGAUCAGAACUUUUCCGACUUCCUGUUUCGCUGGUACAUGGAAAAGGGGAAACGAGGAAAACUGCUGUCACCACCUGUGGCCCAGCAUGCACAGCUGGCUAAUUUCCUACAGUCACAUGAGCAUCUCAGUUGGCUCCAUGAAAUCAACAUCCAGAACUUUGAAAAGGCUCAUCAAACAUUACUGAAUCUUGCUAAUACGGAGACACGAUACUUUGCAAAGAAGAAAACUCUCUUGAGCCUCAGUAAACUCUCUGUGUUUGCAUCCAAUCUCCCCGAGAACCUUCUGCAUGAAAAGAUUGAGGACUUGAAUGCACAAGAGCAGUAUCUGCUUCAUCAGGAUACUCUCCCAAUGGAGUUGUUGGAAAGGAAACAGCUCAACGUAGACACAAUGCCUGUGUUGUCUGCUUCACAACUGAUCAAUCUUUACAUCAGUGAUGACAACGUAAGAGCAAAUGAAUAUGAUUUCAAGAAGGCACUUGAUCUACUGGAGUACGUUGAAAAGGAGGACAAUUCCAUUACUGCUGAUGAACUGAAACUGGAGAUCUUCAGUCGUGCCAUCCAGAGAGAUGAUUGGUCUUUCAGUCCGAAGGAUGAUCCUGUUGAAGCUGCAAAGGAGACGAUCCUGAUAAAAAUCAUAGAAAAGCUCAUGGAUGAAGGAGUUGAGCUGAAACACUACUUGCCAGAAGUAAAGUUCUUGCUGCUGUCAGAUCAUCUAGUGACUCUGGGAUCCAAUUCGUAUUUUGAAUUCCUCUUGCAAGCAAACUAUGAACAUUACAUAAAAGCACAAUCUGAAUUGACCUCUAUUGUUUAACAUCCUUCACUCAGAAGAGUAUGAUGAAAUUGUCUAUUGAACCAGAUAAGGGAGCACAGAAGCUGGGGUCCCAUCAGUGAGAAAGGAGCACAAAAUCCGGGAUAACAGUGUGUUGAACUAGAGCCAGCAAAGCAAACUUAAUUUAUUUGGAAAUAUAAUUGCCAAAUACCUAACCUUCUGAAUUUCCAAAUGGUUUGCAAGCAGAUAUCCAGAGUUUUACUGUAU